GCCUACAUAUAUACACUUCAAUAUCCAUCCUAUAUACAUUCCGCUUUGUAACUGAACAAAGGCUGUAUCUAGAGGAGUGUGUAGGGCAGACAUGGUAUAGCGAGAUGAAUUUCACAUGGAUUGCGUUAGUGUUUUCGUGUAUAUUGACUCCGGUGAUCGGACUCGACGCCGGACUCGACGAGGAGCCCGAGUUCGUUUAUCCCGAUCGCUUCAAUGACACCGAUCGAGACGCCUUCCUCUACGCUACCUUCCCCGAAGGGUUCGUAUGGAGUACAUCGUCGUCCGCGUACCAGAUCGAAGGGGCCUGGGAUGAGGACGGGAAGGGAGAAAGCAUCUGGGAUAGAUUCACCCACGAAGGUGGCCAUUCUCUCAUUGAGGAUACUGGAGAUGUUGCGUGCGACAGCUACCAUAAGUAUAGAGAAGAUGUUGCUCUGAUGAACGGGAUGGGUCUCAAGUAUUAUCGCUUCUCAAUCUCUUGGCCUCGAAUUCUUCCAGAUGGUACUCUGAACAAUGUAAACGAAGCCGGCAUCGGUUACUACAACAGCCUGAUCGACGAGCUCCUACGAAACAACAUCACGUCCAUGGUCACUCUCUACCACUGGGAUCUUCCACAGGCAUUGCAGGACGUCGGCGGCUGGGCCAACGAAACCGUCAUCGAUCACUUCAAUGACUUCGCCGAACUGUGUUAUCAACGAUUCGGUAGCCGCGUUCCAUUCUGGAUUACAUUCAACGACCCAUGGGCAGUCAGCGUGCUAGGCUAUGGCAGCGGAUCCUUGGCGCCAGGAAUUACUGAAGAUGGCACUACUAUCUAUGUUGUGGCCCACAACAUCAUCAGGUCACACGCAAAGGCGUGGCAUACGUACAACGAUACAUACAGGGAACUACAGAAUGGUAAAGUCGGCAUCACCCUGAACGCUGAUCACAUAGAGCCUGCAGAUCCUACCAGACAGGACCACAUCGACGCUGCUGAACGAUAUCUCCAGUUUGACGUCGGUUGGUGGGCCAAUCCAAUCUUUAAGAAUGGCGAUUAUCCCGAGAUCAUGAAGACAUCUAUAGCAGGAAAGAGUGCUGUUCAAGGUUUCAACACGUCGAGACUCCCUGAAUUCACCCAGGAAGAGAUGGAAUACAAUAGAGGUACGGCUGACUUUUUUGGUUUGAACCAUUACACAACACACUACGGAGCAAACAGUUGGGAAGACAACACCAACCCGCCUAGUUACUGUAAGGAUCGCGGCAUUGAGAUAAGCCGAAAUUAUGAAUGGGAGAUAGCGGGUUCAAACCCGAUCGUUCCAUGGGGGAUUCGAAGAAUACUCAAAUGGAUUGGUUUACAGUAUCACGUGCCCGUAUACGUCACAGAAAAUGGUGUGUCCUCGCACCCAUCGCUAGACCCUGGUGACGUCGUCAGGCAGAAUUACUACAGGGCGUAUACGAAUGAGGUCCUUAAAGCAAUCAAAUUGGACGGUGUCGACGUCAGAGGCUACGCUGUGCGAUCCCUGUUAGACAGCUUCGAAUGGACUCAGGGUUACGAUUGCAGGUUUGGAAUGUACGACGUCAACUUUUCUGAUUCCCGGCGACCUCGGAGAGCCAGAGAAUCUGCCUCUGUCUACGCCCACAUCGUGGGUGACAAUGGGUUCAUCAAGGAGCCAGCCGCGACCCCUGGAACACUAAACACGACAAUGUCACCCAUGACAACCAAGGCAACCAUGACAACUGCAACUGACGAUCCUGGACAUUCCGGAUGCGAUGAUGAGAAUAAACACGGUUUGAAAAUAGGCUCUGCUAUCUUGAUCCUGAUUCUGGCAGUAUAUUCCAUCUCGAUAACAAUUGCUUUCAUCAGAAGGAAACCCGUCAAACAGAAGAGCGAAGUAGAGGAGGGGACUAUCAAUCAUGAUUACCUCCAACCAGAGAACUGGGUAAUUCCGGAAAUGAGAAACGAUGCCUACCAGGAGCUCCAGACGAAAAACUUUGAAUCCUUCGCAUCAAACUCCCCGGUGUCGUCCAGUCAUGGACCUACAUGUACAACGGCAUUGCCCCGCGGAGCAGACGACUCGUUCCAACAUUCUAACACAGCGCCCUCUGCGGUUGCCUAUGCAAACCAAAGGGUAGUGGACAAAGUCGUCCGAAUGGAAGCAUCGCGCAAGGAUGCCGAGGAUGACUAUGCCGUCGUGCCAGAAUAGUUACGAAAAAUAUAGAGAGAUGGGUGAUUUUAGAAUAACGACAAACUCUAGGCCUAUAAAGAAGUACAGUGACGUUCCUCUUAUUUUCUUUGAGCACCUGCUUCUAUCUUCGCUGGCUCCAUUACCCUAUUGCUGUUUUAUUUUCUAUAAAAUUCUAAAAAGGCAAAUCUGGAUCCUUACAUUGAAGA